GUGAAGAUGACGGAUAUCAGCCGAUUUCACCCGAAGGUUUCCGAACGCGUUCUUCCUUACCUUAACUUCAGCCAGCAGCCGAGUGCUCAAUGCAGCUAAUACCUUCGAAAAUAUGGUAUAGAAGCACGCUGCCACUACGUAGUCGACCUCUCGCCCGUAACUUGGUGCUUAUGAAAUAUUACCUGUAUCAAAUGAACAAGAGUUUCGGACAGUUUCAAAAUUUAAUAUUCGUAAAUAAACGUAAAUAAAUAUUACAAUUUAAAAUCGGUUUUGUUUUUAUUUUGUUAUGUUUAUAUAUAGUUUUACUAAGUACAUAAAUAUAUGAAAUGGACAGCAAUGAUUUGAAAAAAAUAAAUAUAAUAAAAGGAGAUUGUAUAUUAUUUUAGUAAAAUAUAUACAAGUUCGUUUAUUAAUCAAUAGAAUUAAGUAUAAUUAAUAAAUAUCUACGCAAUACGCGAUGAUUUCGGAAAAUGUGAACAGUGAAAAAGUGCCUUUUGAAGUUGCCAUCGACAAAACAGGUUUUGGUUUGUACAGCUACAUACUGGCAGCCCUCACAGGGCUGGUGAUCGUCUCUUAUGGAUGUAUAGGAUACGGUAGCACCAUCAUCGUGCCAUCCAGCGCCUGUGAGUUGAACACCACGAGUGCUCAGCAAGGGCUACUGGUAUCUGCACCCAUAAUUGGUGCAAUAAUAGGCGCCAUAUUAUGGGGCUACGUGGCGGACAGGCACGGGCGGCGUUCCAUGUUGCUGGUAUCUCUUCUCUCCAGCUCUGCUAUAAAUGCAGUUGCUAGCUUGUCCGUUAACUGGAUCAUGCUGCUGAUACUACAAUUCAUUGCGACUUUAUCAUCAUCUGGCCAGUACACGAUAUCGAUGACAAUUCUUUGCGAGAGCGUUCCAAUGGCCAAACGGAACACCGUGUUACUACUGGUCACUAGCAUAUUUCUGAUGGCGCAAGGAAUUAUGGCAGCUUUGGCAAUGCCGGUGAUUCCUUUAACAUUCUCGUACCAUCUAUCAAGCCUCGGAAUCUAUUGGAACUCUUGGCGUACACUUAUAUUAGUGUACAGCAUACCGAGCCUUGUCUGUGCUGCGUGGCUCAUGUUUAUGCAGGAAAGUCCCAAAUACACAUUAGCUCAAGGAGACGAGGAACGCACAAUUCAAAUAUUGAGACUCAUACAUAGAAUAAAUAAUAGAAAUACCAAUGAAGAACUUCAGGGGACAACCGAGCAUGCGGCUCACCUGAUGGUUAAAGGUAUCCUGCAAGAAUCAUUACAAGUGAAGACUUCAACGAAAAACCAAAUACUCCCACUGUUCAAGCGUCCCCUUGUCAAGUAUACACUGAUUAUGACGAUCCUGUCUGUAUUUCAUCAAGUAACAGCGUUCGGUGUAUGGCUGCCAACAAUUGCGAAUAAGUACGUCAAAUUAUUGCAAACUGGUCAAGGGUCUGACCUAACACUGUGCGGCAUUUACAACGCCGACAUAGAGAUUGCUGAAGAUGCCGACGCUGUACCGUGUGCAUUGAACAUAACAGCCCUAGUGAUCGUGUUGGGCGUUGGUGCUUUGAAUUCUAUCAUCAACAUAUUGAUUAGCGUGAUAGUCGUCUACACUGGUCGCCGCAACACCGUGAUAGUGAUCGCAGCAUUCAGCGGGACAAGUGGAACCCUCAUCAACCUGGUGCCCAACGCCAUCGUCAGUCUUGUGCUUUUUGGGAUUUACCUGAUGGCUAUGAUGCUGAUAGGGCUCUACACGGCUAUCAGUGUAGCACUCUUUCCCACAAACUUGAGAGCCCUAGCGGUGUCUCUAACAAUGACUGGCGUUCGAAUUGGAAGCUUCGCGUCCAUACAGAUUCUCAAGUUUUUACUCGUUAAUAACUGUGAAGUUGGCUUUUAUGUCUAUGCCUCCAUACUGACUUUGUCGGCGGUGGUGGCAUCAUUCUUGCCAAACGAUAGAUUAUUGAUGCAACAGAAGGAAGUCAGUGAAUAAAUUAAAAAGUGUUGUAUCAUACUAUUUAUUUAUUAAAAAUAAAUAAGCAAUAUGUGCCUAAUCUUA